UCGAAGCCCCAGUGGCCUAAUGGAUAAGGCACUGGCCUCCUAAGCCAGGGAUUGUGGGUUCGAGUCCCAUCUGGGGUGGUUGUACAUUUUUCUUUUUUCUUCGCUGUUAAUCUAAUAGUAGUACACUUUAUCAAUUUAAAUACAAAUACUAGAAACAAUAUCUUAGCUAUCAUGGAGAAACGGAUCAAAAGUGCAUGCCUAAUAUUAUGCUUACUGGCUACAUCGGUGCAGCCCUUGGAUGUGCUGACGAGACCCAGCGAUAAGGUGCAAACUUCCCAUCUCCAAGAGGCCACUGUGUACUGGGAUACUGCCCAGAAAAGUGCAAUCCUGAAGGAUGGGGUGAUUGAGACAGAGGGGGCAGCGUAUGGUUACUUCAAUGACACUCUGCUCCUCUCCGGAUGGGGCAUCUUGGAGAUCAGUGCAGGUUAUGGAAGAAUUGCACUGGAAGAUGAGACCAUGUUCUUCCUGGCUGGCUAUCUGGAGGGUUACCUUACUGCUGGACAGAUGUCAAGUCAUUAUUCCAACAUGUACCCACAGCUGAUAAAGGAUGAGAAGGUUUUAAUUCCCUUGAAAACCUUUUUGAGGAAACAGGAUCAGUGGGCCAGAGAGCAAGUGAAACUGAGGAGAAACAGCGACCCCUUGUGGAGACACCUGGGGCUGAUCUUGGCCCAGCUAGAUGGUCUCCAUGCUGGAGCUGCGCAGUGGGCCAAGAGCAGACAUAGGGAGCCUCUAUCAGCAUUUGCAGUCCAGUUCUUGAAUGGUGUUGGUGACCUCCUGGACCUUGUCCCAGUCCUGACCCCUCGCUCCAACUCCUCCAGAGGGGCCGGUUCUUUCAGGAUGCCGGGAAUGGGCCACUGCACUGCUCUCAUAAAGGUGCUGCCAGGCUUUGAGAACCUGCUGUUUGGCCACUCUAGCUGGUACACUUAUGCAGCCACUAUGCGAAUCUACAAACACUGGGACUUCAGGAUGACUGACGCCACUGGAAAGAUGUCAUUCAGCAGCUACCCUGGCUUUCUCAUGUCUCUGGAUGACUUCUACCUGCUUGGGAGCGGGCUGCUGAUGACUCAGACCUCCAUUAGUGUCUUCAAUGCCUCCCUGUUUUCCCCGCUCAGCCCUCACCGCUUGCUGGCCUGGCAACGGGUUCGCCUUGCCAAUGGUUUGGCUCUCACUGGGAAGGAGUGGGCACAAAUUUUCUCCAAAUACAACUCAGGUACAUAUAACAGCCAGUACAUGGUGGUGGACCUCAACAAGGUUUCUCUGCGUCACAGCAUCAGGAACGGAGCUCUGACGGUUGUGGAGCAGAUCCCAGGGAGGGUGGUGCAUUCAGAUCAGACCCAAGCUUUACGUAGGGGUUAUUGGCCAUCCUACAAUAUUCCAUUUCAUGUUGAGAUCUACAACCUCAGCGGGUACGGCGUGAUGUGGAAGAGAUAUGGGGAAGACUUCUCCUACGAUCUCUGUCCUCGAGCUAAAAUCCUCCGCAGGGACCACGGCAAGGUGUCUGACCUCAGCUCUCUCAAACACAUGAUGAGAUAUAACAAUUACAAAAGAGAUCCCUAUUCUAAGGGCCAUCCAUGUAAAACCAUCUGUUGCCGUAACGACCUGAGACAAAGGGGGCCACGGCCAGGGGGUUGCUAUGACACAAAGGUGACGGAGUACCAGAUGGCUCUCCAACUGGUUUCUGAGGCAAUUAAUGGGCCAACGACUCAGGGGGGUCUGCGACCAUUCUCGUGGCAGGCCUUCAACCUCACAGCUCAUCAGGGACUCCCACAGACCUACAGAUUUGACUUUGUCACCAUGAAGCCCACGCUGUGUCGGCCCUGAGAGUCUAGAGACAUGACAUCCACCCAAGUGGCUCUUCCAUGCGUUCCUGUUUGUCAUGGAUUAUAAUGCGCGUUUCAAUUACCCCUUAAUUUGCGCAAAACCAAAUAUAAAAAAGAAACCCUGUAAUUCAAAGGUCACCAAUUUAAAAAAACAAAGUCGCAAAUAUCGAAUAAACCCUUUUUUGCUUCCAGGAGGUGGUUUUUGGGGUGAUUUAAUAAUACACUUAUUCGCAAAAAUGUAAUGGAAACCCUUUUUAAAUUUCCACCUCUAUGCCACCGCUGGAUGUGAUGUUGUCAGUCAGUUUUUCCAGCUGUUUUUGGCUCCAUUACUACAGUGUAUUUGUGCUAUUGCACUACUUCAUCAUUAUGCAUUACUGCAUUACAUAAGGGCUUUUCCACUGAAUAAUCAUUUGAAUGAUCAUCCACUGCAUUCAUCAUCUGGUGGCAAUUGAUUGGUCAAAGACUUUCCCGUCUUCUUCAGCAUUGAGAUUUUCAUUUUUAUUGUUUUGAGGAGAAGAUACGGAGGGAUACUACAGUUACGCUUAUUCGAAAAACACUGUUCAACGGAAAUACCGAUCCCCUGAGGCAUUACCUUUAUCGCAAAUUCACAGAUUUGAUUUUCUUUUGCGCACAAGUGUAAAGGAAACGCGACUUAGCAGCAUUGUUUUCACAAAUGGAGUCACACUUUCCUACAAUUUCAAAUGAUGUCUUCAUGCUGAUGAUUGUGUAACAAUUACUUGUUUUGUUGUAAGGUAUAUGCACGUCUACUCAGGUUACUCACUAGGAAAUACUGGAUAGUUACAAAGCUGUCCAGAUUACUUUGUGAAAAAAAUGUACUUUAAACUGUAGUUUAUUUUUUUCACAAAGACUGAGGUUCCUGGGGUCUGUUUAGCAGUGUGAUUGUAAUGAAAACCAGAAACUGACCUAAUUUAGCUUGAAACAACAGGCUUAGACAUUUUAUUAAAUGAAAUUGAAUAUUUUCCAUUUAUAUCUGAUGAUGUUAGUUGAACUUCACAGGUGUUGUUUUUCUGAUCUGUAUCUAACAGCUGGAUGUACACAUGGUCACAACAGAAUGGAAAAUGUAUAUGGGAUAACUUUUCACUGCUUCACUGGCUGGACCAUGCAAACAUAAACACCUAAAGCAAUGCACUGUACUUCCUGUUUACCUGGUUUACUUGAAGCCUUCGAACAUGAUGACGUGAUUUGUAGGUUGGCACUCUAUUUUACUGCACCAGUGUUCAGUUUUGCUUUUUACAGUUUAAUUUAGCUUACUUGCAAUGAUUAAAAUAACUGAUAUACAGCUGU